UUCCGGUAGUGCAAAUCUAGAAAUACGCACGAGUCCACACUGUUUAUAUAUUAUUUUUAGCCACAGUGAAGUGCAGUUGAUUGAUAAAUUCUAGGUUAGAGGUUUGUGACUUCAGAAGAUAAUCGUAUCCACGAUGAAUUUUCAGAGGUGUGUGCUGCCUAUUUCUGUGCUCCUUUUGUGUUUCCCUCAUGCUUCGCAUUCAGCAACAAAAAAAGGGUGUUCCUUGAAUAUUUUCCGGAAUCCAAAUGAGAAACUAUUACCUUUAUUCGCAUACAACAACUCGAGAGAUUUUAGUUUCAUUGUACCGGAGCAUGGACACAUCAAUUUGAACCACGGUGAUGGAAUAACUCUUUCCUGCCCAGGUCGGAAAAAUUCACUGCCAGCAACAAAGUCUAACUCAGGUUAUGCAACAUGCAUUCAAGGCACCACCUUGAAAAUCUCCAAGAAUUCAUUCGAUUUUGAUGAACUCCUUUGUGAGAGGUCCGUUCAAAGUGAGGUCCAGAAAACUGAAGUAUCAUGUGGUAAUAGGAGGGGAAAAAUUAUGAAUAUUGGUCACCAAGUUACGGAAAGUUACUUCAGAACAUUAUUCGAAGUAUGUUAUGAUGAAGAAGAAGGCACCACCUUGUACACUAUGCAUACAGUUAAUGGAAAAGAAAUUAAAUAUGCUUCGAAGACAUCAGAACGUCCAACCUUCAGUACAUCAGGCCUUGGUCCAAGAAUUUCUGCCAAUGUUGCCUACAAGAAAGCCUUCCAGAAAUCAACAUUCAACCGCUUGCUUGGAUCUGCACAAGCAGCUGAACGAUAUAUUACUUCAAAGUCCUUUCUUGCUCGAGGUCACCUAUCUCCAGAUGCGGACUUCCUUUUUGCCAGCUCCCAGUUCACUACUUAUUACUAUAUCAAUACGAGUCCGCAGUGGCAGGUUAUAAAUGGUGCCAAUUGGGUCAGUUUAGAAAAUGCUAUCCGCAGAACUGCAGAGCAUUACCAAGAUACUUUCACGAUUAUAACAGGAACUUAUGACAUCUUGAAACUACCUGACGAUGAUGGAAACGAAAUCUCAAUAUUUCUGGUUUCAAAAAACAAGUUACCGGUGCCAAAAUUCAUCUGGAAAAUCAUUUAUCAUGAAGACUCCCGGAAAGGAAUAGCAUUGGUGAGCCUUAAUAAUCCAUUCAUCAACAAGAUCACCCAAGACUUGAUUUUGUGUGAGGAUAUCUGUGAACAAAGUGGAUGGGCAUCAGAUAAAUGGAUGAAUACGACAAGAGGUUACGUUUAUUGUUGUGACAUCAAUGAAUUUACUAGGACUGUUAGGAGUGUGCCUCGAAUAAAUGUUUCAGGAUUGUUGACUGGAAUAUUAUCAUGAGAGAUUACCAAUAUAUAACAUACAUGAAGUAUACACAUUGUUUUACUCAUCGACUGUCAAACAACAAGUUUUGUAAUUCAGACGGAUCACUCUUUCUCAGACAGCCAGCUGACUCUAUAUCAGCUGACUACGGACUAUCAUAUUCUUUUUUUUUAGGAUUGCAAUUGAAACUUUGAUACGCGAACAAAAGAGUAGCAAGUACAAUGAUUGACAGUGUUCAAUUUCAAAUGUUAGUAGAUACUAAAUCAACCAUUAAUGAAUAGUUUCGACACAGAAAUAUCCUAGAGAGGAAAAAUCUCGAUUUUG